GAUUAUUUGCGAUGCGUCAGAAUCAGCUGCGUCAAGUCUGCAGAUGCUACGGAUAGCUUGAAGUGUGGUUGCUCUGGCGUCAUCUUGGUCUCGAAAGCGCUGGCAGUCAAGUGCAUUCUCCUCGAGCUAGACCGGCCAGAGGCGCCUUUGAGACUGCGACUCUUGACUGAGAACAGACACCGAACCAGGAUCAUGCAUGCGCCGCUUUCCCGGCCGAGAAAAGUCAAGCCAGGAAUCCCUCAACACGCGGGGGGUCUAAAGCUUCAGCAUCUCAUCUGUGCUGCAUUCCUCAGCUCGCUGUCUCACCAGGUGUUCAGACGCUGAUUCAUCGGUACACUGUCCCCUACCGCUGAUCACGCCAGCGACAACGAACACGACUCAACAGACAGACGCUGUCGCUAGGUCAGGAAUUUGACGGCAUCUGGCAAGGACUGAGGAUCCUCACCCUUCGAACGUGGAAAGCCGCAGCUCUUACCAACCCGCUGCGCGAGUCAGAAUGUCAGCAGAUCUCGUCUCAGUCCUGGACGGAGCGUUCUCAGAGCAGGUGGCAGAUGUUGCCACGUUCUUGGCUCGCAGCCAGCCUGAAGAUGAGCGAGAUGACUACAUUUCCAAAUAUGUUCGGAAAGCAGAGGAGGCCGAAGGAGGCGAGGGAGGUGCGGAUCAGGCAAAGACUUCGGCGGUGUUGACGGAGCUGCUGGGACAGUUCACCAAGCUAGGGGAUGGAAACGAUAGAGAGCUGGAGGGAGUGUACAACUUGCUCGUGGCGCUCAUUAACACGCAGUAUGCGUCUCAGGAACAGAGAGACCAUGCCAUUCAAAAUUUGGUCUCGGUCGUUGCGAGCACUGCUGCGACGACGGGGCAAGAGAGGACCGCUGUAAAGUACCGGAUUCUGUCCAACACAUUCAACUCGCUCUCAGCUAGCUCACCUCUUCGACUGACAACCCUCACUGCGCUGCUCAACCUCGCAGCAGCAAACGAAGAGCUGGACUACCUGUCCGAAUCACUGCUUGCGACUCCAGCAUGGCUUUCUACAUGGUCUAUUCCAUCCUCUGCAAAGUCUGCGCUCCUCUUGGACAUCGCUUCUAAGCUCGACGCGGCUGAUCAAAAAGCCAAAGCCUACGAAUUUCUCCUCACUCAUCUGCGGUACUUGGACAGCGUCUCGGAGGCGAAAAAGGAGCAAGUUGCUCAGGCUGCGGAGCAGACAAUCGCUGCAGCUCUGAGUCUGCCGAAUGUGUGGGACUUUGACAAUUUGCUGCAGAUCGGCCCGAUUCAAGCGCUAAAAGGACAGCCGGCAUUUGAACUUUUGAGCAUCUUUGUCAGCGGUUCAUCAAAGGACUUCAAAGCGUGGUUGGGCAAGGGCAACGAUUCUGUGCUAUCUAGGCUGAAUCUGAAUGCUGCGUUGCUGGAGAGGCAAAUGAAGUUGCUGGAUUUGGCGAGCCUGUGCAGUCGUAGCGUUAGCGCAGAGGUGCCUUACGCGGAUAUUGCGGCAGCAUUGGGAGAGCCCGAGGCAGAUGUAGAAUCGUGGAUCAUUGAUGUCAUUCGAGCGGGUCUGGUCUCGGGCAAGUUGAGCCAGGUGACUUCUUCAUUCAGAGUGUAUAAGAGCACUUUCAGAACGUUUGGAGAUCCAGAGUGGAAAUCAUUGGAGCAGAAAUUGGUCAAUUGGCAAGGAUCGAUCGAUAGGAUCUUGACAACCAUCGAUGAGGCCAGAAGUAGCGGAGCGGCUCAUGCACCGGCGAACGCGGCUGGCACGGCAGCGGAACAGAAUCAGAUGGCCCUGACUGUUUGAGCCCUGAUUGUGCACCAUGUCAUAUCGUAGUCUUUACAAUGCCAUACGAUAUGGCGAGCUUUCUUGAGCAUUUCUCGUUGACAGGAAGCAAGCAUAGGCACUGUCCCGGUUUUAGCGCACAGCCGAGCCUGGCAGCUUGCCGCCGAUAGCCACAAUGAGAGUUCUCGAAAGGUUGCCGCUCAUCUCAUACACCGUUCGAUAUAGCCACACUCUGCAAUCCCUGUGUCUGGAUCAGUCCGUUGAGAUGCAUGUAUGCUUUCAGGUGCCGCUCAAGUAUUGCUGCCUCCUCUUUUGAGCUUUACGAUCUUUAAAGUACUGCAGUUCCUUUUUGCUCAAUUUCUGCGCAGCUCUCCCUCCGCUCGCGCUGGCACUGGCAGCACCUGCGGCCUCGGCCCUUUCGGCGGCCCUCUGCGCCUCGUACGAAUCCACAUCGA